AUGAGUGGUGAAAAGGAUGGAUCUGAAAAGAAGAUCAAGGCCGGUCAAGGAUCUGCAGGAAGCGGAGAUCUGUACCCGUUGGCGCUUCUGAUGGAUGAACUGAAGCACGAUGACAUAGCAAAUCGGGUCGAAGCCAUGAAAAAAUUAGACACGAUUGCAUUAGCAUUGGGUCCACAAAGAACGCGAGACGAAUUGGUGCCAUUUUUGACAGAGGUGUCUCAAGAUGACGAGGAUGAGGUAUUCGCGGUUUUGGCCGAACAAUUGGGUAAGUUUGUUCCAUUUAUUGGGGGAAGCAAGUUUGCAACUCUUUUAUUACCAGCGCUGGAAAUUUUGGCGUCAACAGAAGAAACUCUGGUUCGCGACAGGGCUGUUGAAUCAUUAAACAACAUCGCACAGGAACUUUCUGAAGAGCAACUUUUUCACGAUUUUAUACCUCUAAUUGAACACCUUGCCACUGCGGAGUGGUUUUCGUCCAAAGUAUCUUCAUGUGGGCUUUUUAAGUCGGUGCUUGCGAGGGCAAAAGAUGACAAGUUUAGGAAAGAGCUGUUGGCUUUGUACUUACAACUAGUGCAGGAUGAUACGCCAAUGGUGCGCCGCGCAGCUGCCAAGAAUUUGCCUACCCUAAUUGAUCUUCUUACACAAAAUCCAGAUCUUUCCACAGCGGAAGAUUGGGACUAUAUUUCGAACAUGUUUCAAAAAAUUGUGGCAGAUGGUCAAGACUCUGUAAAAUUCUUGGCGGUCGAGAUUUUGAUCUCUAUUCUAAAGUUCUUCAAUAAAAAGAAAGACACCACGCAUUCGAGGGACUUGUUGCAUUCAUCCAUACAACUCAUCAGCGAUGAGGCAUGGAGGGUUCGUUACAUGGCUGCCGAUAGGUUUGAUGCGCUAGCGGAGGAAUUUAGCUCCAACCCCAAAUUUAUGGAAGAACUCGUCGGCCCAUUUCUCUCGCUAUGCGAGGAUAAUGAAAGUGACGUGAGAAAGGCCGCCGCAAAGCAGAUUCCUAGGUUUUCGGAAUUACUAGGAGACUCCCAAGUGAUAGUCAAGUCAAUGCUACCAACAAUCCAAAAUCUCAGCAUGGAUGAAAGCGAGGCCGUUCGUGCUUCUUUGGCCUCGGAAGUUACCAAUUUGGCGCCUUUGUUACCCAAGAAAGAAGCAGUCGACUCCCUAAUACCAAUUCUUCUUAACAUGCUCAAGGAUGAAUUUCCUGAAGUUCGUUUGAACAUCAUUGCCAAAUUAAAAGUUGUGAACGAUGUGGUUGGGAUCGAUCCGCUUUCAGAAAGUCUUUUGCCUGCAAUUACGGAACUCGCCAAAGAUGUGAAUUGGAGGGUCAGAAUGGCGAUCAUAGACUACAUCCCGCUACUAGCAGAGCAGCUAGGUGUCGAGUUUUUCGACAAACAACUCGGAGACUUGUGCCUUUCGUGGCUGUGGGAUACUGUUUACUCCAUUAGAAUGGCCGCGGUUGCUAACUUGAAAAAACUCACGGAAACUUUCGGAUCGGACUGGUCCCGAGAUGAAAUUAUUGCACGGUUGCUCAAGUCAGACUCUCAAUUGUUGGAAAAUUUUGUUUACAGGAUUACUCUGCUUAUGGCGUUGACAGAUCUGGUACCGGUUGUUUCACCAAAAGUCGUUACCGAAAAGAUUCUACCUUUCAUAGAUCAUCUUGCUACAGAUGGGGUUGCAAAUAUCCGGUUCAAUGUUGCCAAAUCAUAUGCUGUGGUCGUGAAAAGCUUGUCGAAAGAUCCGACCAAGUUUUCCGAUUUGAUAAACAAUUCCAUUAUUCCAAACUUGAAAAAACUGAGCCAGGAUAGUGACGUUGACGUCAGGUACUAUGCCGAACAAAGCAUCGAAGAGUGCAAAUCGUACCUGGCCUAG